UAGUGCGCUUUACAGUACACUAAGGUUAAUGUACCUAGUUGGCUUUUGAUUUUAUUGAUACUGUAUUCUGUCGUAAACCGUUUAACAAAAUUUGUUGGAGGAUUUAUCUUUUUCCUUAGUUAUAUUAAAGAUUAUUACAAAAGUAUCUAUAUUGUAAUAUUGAAAUUUGAUUUCAUCAUAGAGGGCAACUUGAAGUUUUGAGAAUGGCGUCUGGUGACGCAUUUUCCGGCCAGAACAUACAACUCUCUCCUUUACGAAGUUUGGAUGACUUUAUAUUAGGGUCUGCUCGUUUUCAAAUCCCAAAUUUAAAAGAUGUGGAGAAGUGGGGCAAUCGUGUAGUAAAAAACUUACUAUAUUAUCAAACAAACUAUUUUCUCCUAUUUUUGGUUAUUUAUGGUUUGAUGAUUCUAUUAAACCCUCAUAAAAUUGUUUGCGGAGUUACGGUACAAGCUCUAAUAACAGUGGUUUUCUUCGGAUUUUUCUUAAAGAAGCCUAAAUCAAAAUUUAAGCUUUUUGCCAAUUGGUCAAGUAUUAUCCAAGAAAAUCCACAGCAGAAAUGGUAUUUACUUGCUGGUGUUGUUUUGUGUGGCUAUCUCAUAUUGCGCUGGUUGAAUGCAAUUUUAUUGUCAAGUUUUACUCUACUUCUUCCCCUAUCAUCUUAAGAAAAUUCCCCAAUUUCGUGGAUAAAAUGGGUAUUUGCAUAGAGGAUGUUCUCCAGUAAGAAUAAAUAAACAUAUAGCAGCAUAUUAUACAAUGUUAUAUCCACUAACAUAUUACUAAAUAGCCUUUACACAUUUAUUAAAUAGUGCACAAAUAGUUCUAAAUCUUAAUUAAAUUUUUCUUAUAUUUUAUGGAUUUACACAAUAAGAAAAUGGUUACAUGUAAACAAAUAGUAAGCGUUACAUACCCGUACUUUACAAACGAACUAAAAUAAAUAAAAUGGGGAAGAUUAGACAUCAAAUACAAUAAUCUAAUACCUAGGAAUUUACAUGAUAAAAACUUAAAUAUUUAAUUUUUAACUUCGUUGCUUUUAUUGCUUAAAUUUUGUUGGUUUUACUUCAGGUCAAUAUAUAUUUUUUCCAUUCGUUUAUGUUUAUAUUCUAUGUUAAAAAUUCAAAUAGUUUUAGGGUGUCGCAUUGUUAAAAUUGUCUUUAACAAAAAACAAAAAAAAAAGUUUUGUCACCCGUCAUUGGAACUCGAACGGUUGGGUACAUGCACCAUCCUUAUGGUUUUUUAUGUACUACACGUUAUUUAAUUAUAAAUAUUUAAUAUCAUUUUAUUUUGCAAAUUCACACAAAUUCACUCGGAAUCUUCAGUUAUGGUAAUAACAUGAAAGCGAAAAAGGAAAGGGACUUUGUUUCAAAUGAAAUAGUAAAAAUUCCCGUUAAAGAAAAUUGAGUGUUAAAGAGAGUUAUGCCCUUCAUGACAUUAUUAGUUUUUCGCUUAAAACUAUUUUCUGAAUUGGCGCUUAAAAUGUUCAUACGUCUUUUGCACUGAACUACUUUCUGCAUUGGCGGCCUUCGGUCGCCCUUCAAACUAAAAAGUAA